AUGUCUAUGCUUUGGCACACUUUAAAUAUGGGCUUAAUAGUAAUCUUGAUUCACUUUAAUUCAGAAAACAGAAAAAAUAAUUCAGACAACCCAGAUCAAGAAUCGAAUCCGGAUCCUUUGGUUACGCACCAAGGGCUCUUCCAGUUAAAUUGUAUGAGACAUCGUCUAUUAGCUAAGUUUGUAAAACUACAAUACUUUCCUUGA